CUCUCUCCUCUCCUCCCCUCCUCUCUCCUCUCUUGUCUCUCUCCAGGCGUUGGACUUCAGUGAUGAUGAGGCAGAACAGAUGAUGAAAAGGAAGAAGAAGAAGGGGAAUGUUCAGAAGAGUGAGAGAGAAAGAGGACAGAGAGCCCAGCAACAACCAGACAGAGAUUCCGUCACCAGACCACAGAUGUCCCAGAGGCCUUUGCAACAGAGUCGUCCACCCCGCCGUGACAACUGGGGUCCCCCACCCCGAUACGAAGGGGCUCCAUUCUACCCCCACCAGCCCCACUACCCCUACCCUCCCCCUUACCAGCCCCAGUCCUUCCCCCUCUACCCUCCCCCUCCUCCCUCCCACAUGUCCUUCCCCUGGCCCCCUCCCCCCUAA